CUCCCCCUUCACCUUUGCCCAUCCUUUUCCCCUCGCUCGCUCAGUCGCCAUGCUGACGCCGCACUCGCCCGCGCAUCUCGAGCUGCUCACUUUCCUCUCCGACGAGUCGGCCGCGGCGCGCCAGGUGGCGCUUCAGAACCUCGUCGGCUUCUCCUCGGCCGGCCAUGCCUCGCGCUCGCUGCUGACGGAGAAGCACAAGGGUCUGGAUGGCAAGCCGCUCAAGGGCAGAGAUGGAGAGGAGUGCGAUACCAUUGAGGAUCUCAAGAGACUCUGUGCCGAUCAGCCGAUCACCGCACACGAUGCCUUCAGCGCACUCAUCAAUCUCUCCGACUCGCUCCUCGUCGCGCGCCGCAUUGCAGACGACGAUUUUCUCGUCUUUCUCGUGCGCUACAUUGCCGAGCCCAUUUCACUCUUGGCCGAUCUGGCCUCGAUGCUGCUCUCCAACCUGACGAAACUCGAGUCCAUCGGCGCGCGUCUACUCGCACUGCGCGUCUCCAACAUUUCGCUCCAUGCCCAGCCCGCAGACUCGCUCCUCGCAGGCAUCGACGCCGAUCCCUCUUCGGCAUCGUACGAAGCCGAGCGUGCCGCGGCGCUGCUUGCCGCCGAAGAGAUGCGCGGACAAAGUGUGCCGGCCCUGGCGCGCCUGCUGGAUGCGUUUGAACAGGGCGCCAUGGUCAAGGGCAACUCGGGCAUCGAGGAGAUUCGAAAGAGGGCACUGGCGGCACAGCAAGUGGGCGACGAGGCAGAGCAGCAGAGCAACCGGCAAGAGGCAAAGAAGGAGAGAAAGUCAAACUGCCACUUCCUCAGCAGUGUCUUUGCCAACAUCACCGUGAUCCCGGCGGGCAGGCAGUGGUUUGUCUCGCCCCUCGACUCUGCUUGCGCCGCCGCGUCGAGCUCCGCCGAUGCGGCCGUCGAGUAUCCCGUGGCUCGCAUCAUGCCGUACACCGAGCAUCCGGACUUGAUUCGUCGAGGCGGUGCCAUCUCUGCUCUCAAGAACAUUCUCUUCCUCAAGUCGUCGCACAAGCUACUUCUCGCGCCUCCUCCUUCGCUCGGCGACGACGACUCCUCGACGCUUCUUGCCGGCGCUCUUCGCGCCACGACGCGGCCGCCUUCGCCGCUCGACAUUCUGCCGCACCUGCUUCUGCCGCUGUGCGAGGGGCUCGAAUUGGCGGCGGUCGAUCUCGACGAGCAAGAGGCGCUGCCCGAGGCAUGCCAGAUGCUGUCUGAGGACAAAGUGCGCGAGAGAGAUCCGGCACUUAGAGCCAUGCUCGUCGAGAGUCUGCUGCUGCUUUGCACUACACUCUAUGGACGACAGGUGCUGCGAUCUAGAGGCGUCUAUGUCGUCGUUAGAGCCAUGCAUUUGAAGGAGGAUCAAGAGAAGAGCAGCGUGAUUUCCGCGGCGAUGCACUGA